UGGGCAACUGUUGCUCAACAAAAUAAAAUAAGUUUUCUGCAAUCUGUCACUGUGCGAAGAUUUAUAUCGUAGUUACGUUCUGGCCGGAAUUUAUUUUCUACUUGCUCGUAAAGUUUUAGUGCAAUGAAUCCUAUGCGAUCGACAACUUUCCGGAGCGGUGAGGAAUCAAGAUCAACACGUAACGAAGAUAAUACUUUUGCAGUUUUACGUUCAAGAACCGAAGAAGAGAAGCAAAGACGCAGACGAGAAUGGCAACGCCAGCAAGAGCGAGAGAGACAACAUGAAAAAUUGAAGCAGCAAAAAAUUUUAGAAUAUGAAAGGAAACGUGCACAAGCUUUAAAAAAAUAUGCUGAGGAAAAAUCGUCACGUCACAGUCAAAGUAAAAGUGAUAGUGAGUCUCCCACGCAUGUUCGAUACAGAGGUAGAUCUACAUCAACUGCUUCCAAAUCUGGUAGCCUCCAUGAAAAAUUAGAUGAAUCUACAAGUGGAACAGUACCUUUAUUUAGAGGUCCUCAGAAUGCACAGAUUGAUACUUCGGAACUACGUCGAAUUAAAGUAGAUAUUCAUAGGAAUAUUCCUGCAAAAGGACCUGUUACCGAAUUAGAAAGAGCUAUACUUAAUCCUGAAGAUGUGAUCGUCAAGAGAAGAGAGGGAGAGGGAUGUAAACCAAUAUUCGAUAGGGAAGAAUUAAAAAAGAUUAUAAACAAGACUAAUGAAAUAGAGGAACGACGCACAGUUGUAGCCAUAGAUAAAGAACAAUCGGCCUCGACAAUCAAGUCACGUUCUUUGAGGAAACGUUCUUUAUCUUCGAGUCCUAUUAGGAAUCGUGUCUAUUCUGGAUACCCAUCUUCCUAUCAAUCCAGUCGUCGCGUGGAUUUGAAGCACCAGGAUAAGACAGAAAAAUGUGAUACUCGUAAAGAUGAUGGGAGAAGCGAUUUAGAGAAACGCAGAGAAUAUAAAGAGAAAUAUACCGAAAGAGAUGGCGCAAAUAAGCAUGAUAAUAAUCGAUCGCGUUCUAGAGAACGAAACUCACAUUCCAGGCCAUUUAUUGAAGAGAGAUCUUAUCGCGACAGAUAUCGUGAAAGAUCGAAUGAACGUUCUUAUGAAAGAAGAGAUAGAGAUAGGGAGAGAAACAGAGAAAGAGAUAGGAAUAGAGACAGAACUAAAACUAGAGAUAGAUCCAGGGAACGAAGAGAUAUAGCGCCACAUUAUAUCGAAUCGCCAAUACCUGUACCUAUCUAUUAUGGUAGUUUUCCUCCGAGACCUAUCGUAGUAAGCCCUAUGGUUCCAUUAAGAGGACAAAUUCCUCCUAUGGGAAGAGGCAGACAUCCUACUUUAAUGGCACAAGUUAGACCAUUUCCACCAAGAUUUCCUCCAGAUAUGUACAGAUUGGGACAUCCACCUCCAAAUCCAAGAUAUGGACCAUUUUGAAACGAUGGAUAUCUUUAUACAUUAUCGAGAACAUUUUAUGAAGACAAUAUCAAUAUAUAAUCUAUUUUAAUAUUUGCUAUAUAUUUGUGAGGACCUAUUGGCUAAUAUAUUUUUCAGUUAUUUAUUACUAUCUUAGAUAUACAUUUAAGAUUUUACUGUAUUAGAGAAUGUAAAAUGAAGCUAUCCCAAGUAGCACACAGCGCUUAACAAAGCGCUAAAAAAUCGCAUACAAUCGCUUUACAAGUGCUGCUGUACUACUUGGAAUAUAUCCACGAUGCCAGAAAUUGUUCCGAGAUCUCCAAAAAAAAGUUGGCCAAUUGCUCAAUUGAUUGAAUUGUUCGAACAUAAUUUGUUAAUUCUUUUUUUAUCUGAGAUCUCGAAACAAUUUCUAGCAUCGGAAACAUAAGGCUUUAGAAUGAAUAUUAUACUGUUUAGAUUGAAUAAUUUAUUCAUAGGUUUGUUUGCGUUGUUUGAAAUUCCCAAGAAUUUUGACACUUAAAAAGAUGAAGAUUGAGAUAAAUAUAUAUUUGAGAGAGAGAGAGAGAGAGAGAGAGAGAGAGAGAGAGAGAGAGAGGGGGGGGGGGGGAGAAAAUGAAG